AUGAAGACCGCGGACGUGCCGCGUAGGGCCAUGACCAUGGUCCAACCCGGUCCCAACCACGACAACCGCCCGAAGGCGUACUCUGUCUACAACGACCAGCCUGGUACGGGAAAGACGGGGAUGUACGAGAUCCCUCCGAACAACUACCCCUUCUACAGCGAGGAGGAGAAGUACAAGCCCCAGCACGGCAUCGACGGUGGGUUCCUUUCCGAGUGGGAGCCCUUGUACGAGGCAUCCACGGUCAAGGCGGACGCGGACAAGCUCAAGGCGUUCCAGUCCGGCGUGCCCGUCGGCUCCAAGUACGAACCCACGGGAACCAAGUCGUGGGCGCCGGUCUUCGAGAACGCGGAACGCAAACUUCUUAACAAGUACAAGGACAAGGGCGGCGAAGAGUUGGACAUGCUUGUCGUCUCCGAUCUGCACAGGCACGAGGAGUACGGAGGACCCUUCUGGAUCAAGGUUCCGUCGACGGCGAGGGUCCGCGAGGUCCGCCUGGUCAUCUCGGAGAAGUGCGGGAUCCUGCCUGGUUUGCAGCGUAUGAGCUACGCGGGAAAGCAGAUGGAAGACGCCGAACGUAAGCUGGAGCACUACGGCGUGAAGUACUGGAACAAGAAGUUCCCCGACUGGCCGCUGUACAUUCGGAGGUACUAG